AUGGGAAACAAAGAACUCAAAUUACUUAAUUACAAUUCAUAAGACCCAGAUUUAAUCUAAUUUAGAUAAUUGUACAUGCGCUAUCCUAAAUCUAAUAAACUCAAUAAAUCAUAAUUCAUUUCAAAUACUUAAGAGCUUCUUGAAUAUGAAAUUCUCAUUCAUAAUGAAGCUUUUUCAGAAGUUUUUGAGCGUAAUCAUUACAUCAAUCUCAAAAAGACAUAAAUGAAAGUCGAUAUUGAUUUCACUAGAUUUUGCAGUGGUUUUCAUGGACAACAAAUGAGAUUAUUAGGUUAUAAUACACUAUUAAAUGAAAAAAAAUCCAUUGGUAAAUUUAUGCGUCUUAAAGACUUUGUUGAACUUGUAACAGAUAAUUAAAAGAUUAGAAUUUUAGAUUUAAGCGAUCACUCUUUUUAAUUCACUCGCAAACUUAACCCAGAAGAUAAACUACGAAUAGAAUAUAGAUAUAUACUUAAGCACGAAAUUCUAUAAAAUAAUGUUCGCAUACUAUGUUUGUAACUCAAUCCAGAAUGUCCUUAUAAAAUUUCAAUCACUACCCCAGAACUUUAAUCUGUUAUAUCCCCCACUCAUAAAUUAUAGAUAAAUGAUAACCAUAUUUAGUGUAAUUUUAAUAAGGGAACAGAUUCCUCUUUAUUUAUUUUAUUAUUUACAAUAAAGACAGAAUUGAUAUGUACGAAAAUACAAUUUGGUGCUCCAGGAUAUUCAAUUAAUUAAAAAUAUUGUAUGUAUUUAAAUCUACCAUUACCUACUAUAAUGUAUGAUGAAAUGAUUUAUUUUAAUUGUGAAGAUCCUCAAAAAAAUUAAGAAUAGGAAACAAUGGAAUCAAUGCCUUCUUAUUCAAGUAUUAGUCCGGAAUCAAUAAAUUAGCAUAAUUGGCCUUAUUUUUUCAAUAUAACUCCAAUAACAAAUUAAAGAAAUAUAACAUUUUUUUUAGAUCAGAGUAAUUCAAUGGAGGGAACAAAAAUAACAUUAGCUAAAUAAGGAUUAUAAUUAUUUAUAAGAUCUUUACCAUCAGAAUGUUAUUUCAAUAUUUAUAGUUUUGGAAGUAAAUGGAGAAAGAUGUUUUAAACUUAUUAAAAGAUAUGUGAGCCAGUUUUAAAAUAAUGUGAAAGAGAGAUAAAAAUGAUGGAAGGUAAUAUGGGAAGCACUUUUUUAUUAGGUGCAAUGAAUGAUGCAUUAUUGAAUUCAGUAAAAUCAUCAGAUACAACAUGGUUUAUAUUAACAGAUGGUCGUAUAGCAGAGAUUGAAGAGAUAUUUACUUUAUUGAAAUAAAAUGCUCAUAUAAGGGUAUAUUCUUUAGGAUUUGGAUUAGAAUUUGAUUAAGAAAUAGUAGAAUAAUUAGCGAGUUUAACAAAUGGAAGGUAAGAAUAUAAUAUUUAUAUGUUAUAGUUGUACUUUCUGUGAAAAUAUUUAAUCAUUAAAUUCAUAAAUGAUUUAAUUGUUGUAAUAGGCAUUAUUGCCAAAAUUUAAAAUGAAUGUAAAAUUUGAUAAUCAUAUGCAUAUUACAACAAUGUUUCCGAGUCCAAAUAGACCUUAAAGAGAAUUACUUUGUUAUUUAGAUAAUUAGUAAUUGUAAGAGUAAUCAGAAAUUGAAUUAGAAAUUAGUUUUGGAAAUGAAAAUGAACCUCAAGUUAUUUAAUAAUAUAAGUACAAUAUUAAAGAUACUUAAACCAAUUAUUUAUUACAUCUCUAUGGUUAUAUAUAAAUUUUAGAGAAGAUUUUGGACGAAAUUUGGUAUUCAGAUUAAAUAUCUACAGUGUUAAGUAACUAAAUAAAGAAUUAAUUUGAUAUAAAUAAUCCAUUAUUAUUGUUGUUUUUUAAUCCUCUUAAUAUUUUGAUGAUUGAUAAUUGUGCUGUGAUUUGUAAUAUUAAUAUUGAAAAUCUAUAGAAGGUAAUAAAUGAAUAAAAGAAAUCAAGAGAUUAUUUAGGUUUACUGUUGUAAUAUAUAAGUGAAUAAACAUAUGAGUAAGCUAUUAAAUGUAUAAAUGCAAAUGAGAAAAUAUGUGAAUAAUCUAUUUCUAUUGAAAUGGGUUCUAGUUAUACAUAGGCUAAUUAAGAUUAUUUAAUUAAAGUAAUUUAAACUUAAUAAAUUGAUGGAUCUUUUAUGGAUUAAGAAGCACUUGCAUUAGUUUGUCCAAGCAAAUCAAUGAAUGCAAUUUUAGCUAAAAUGCCAGAAUCUAAUUAAAGUUAAAGUCUGGUUAAUGGAAGAUAAACAUAAUAAUUACCAGAUUUCCUUUUAACUUAAAUCUGGGUUACUGCUUUAGUCAUUGCAUAUUUAAAAAAGUACUAAAGAUAAUAAAGAGGAUAAUGGAUCAUAAUUUAUAUUAAAGCUAUUAAUUUUAUUAAACAAUAUUUAAAGAAUUGGUAAUCCUUACUUUACAAAGCCAGAAUUGAAUUAAUUAAUGCAGGUCUUAAAUGA